UCACAUCCCGAUCCACCAGAACCUCGCCUGGGCUCUUCACUCCUCAAGUGGAGCCGAACCGAGCGGCUGACCGAGGCGUCGGACGAAGGAGCCUCAAAACUACAACCGUGGUGUUGUUUUUCUUGCCGCGGCACUUCCGGGUUCGCUGGGGUUGGGCAGCGGCUUAGCGAGCAGGCCACGGAUUGGCUGGCGGUCGCUCGUGCGAGGGCCGUCACCACGCAGGGUUUCGCUGCUGUGACGUCAGCGAGGUCCGUCUGGCAGACGAGAACUCUCCAAAGUGUCGAGCGCCUCCCGACAAGAGCCGCCGUGUUCGGGGCGACAGCGAAGGUUCCCCCUGGACCCUCAACAAUCUCUCUGGGUGGAGGCACUUGAAAGUUCCCAAGGAGGUCAGUCCAGCGUCUCACCCUGGACGGAGGAGAGAGGAGUGGGCCUGAGGGCCCGGCCUUUGUGCUCCGGCACAGAACGGCACCGUCGCCAGAGAGCGCCCUUCUGUCGGAGGCCCCCGCAGGACAGGGCCCGUCACACCAGGUUCCGGCGAGCGAGGAGAGAGCGGAGCCCGGCGCGACGGACGAGCGCUUCCUGGCCAUGACCCCCCUGCUGCAGGCGCACCACGCCAUGGAGCGCGUGGAGGAGUUCGUUCACAAGGUGUGGGAGGGUCGGUGGCGGGUCAUUCCUCACGACGUGCUUCCCGACUGGCUGAAGGACAAUGACUUCCUGCUGCACGGACACAGACCUCCCAUGCCGUCGUUCCGGGCCUGUUUCCGGAGCAUCUUCCGGAUCCACACGGAGACGGGCAACAUCUGGACCCACCUGCUGGGCUGCCUCUUCUUCCUGGCUCUGGGUCUGAUGUUCAUGUUCCGACCCAACAUGUCCUUCGUGGCUCCAGUCCAGGAGAAGGUGGUGAUCGGCGUGUUCUUCCUGGGCGCCAUCCUCUGCCUGUCCUUCUCCUGGCUCUUCCACACCGUCUACUGCCACUCAGAGGGCGUCUCCAAGGUCUUCUCCAAGCUGGACUACAGCGGCAUCGCCUUCCUCAUCAUGGGCUCCUUCGUUCCUUGGCUCUACUACUCCUUCUACUGCUCACCUCAGCCCUGCUUCAUCUACCUGAUGGUCAUCUGCGUCCUGGGCCUGGCCGCCAUCACCGUGUCGCAGUGCGACUUCUUCGCCACGCCACAGUACCGAGGAGUGCGAGCAGGUGUGUUUGUGGGCCUGGGCCUGAGCGGCGUGGUCCCCACGCUGCACUUUGUCAUCAGCGAGGGUCUGAUCAAGGCCACCACCAUCGGCCAGAUGGGCUGGCUGCUGCUGAUGGCCUCGCUCUACAUCACCGGCGCCGGCCUCUACGCCGCCCGCAUCCCAGAGAGGUUCUUCCCGGGCAAGUGCGACAUCUGGUUUCACUCUCACCAGCUCUUCCACAUCCUGGUCGUCGCCGGGGCCUUCGUCCACUUCCACGGAGUCUCCAACCUGCAGGAGUUCCGCUACAUCGCAGGCGGCGGCUGCGCCGAGGAGGGCGCCGUCUGAGGCCAGCGCUGGAGGGAGGAGCGCUUUUUUGAUGUAAAUAAGAAAAACUGGGUUCUAGAUUUCUACGGCAUUUAUAUUUAAAGAAAAACCAAAAUAAAGCGGAUGAAAGGAAGUCGAUGAAAGUAAUUUUCAGCUGAAUGUGUGAUCCAGAUCUUUCUUUGCUUUUGAAUGGCUAUAUUUUUAAUAAUGUCACGGACGAAAGGUAUUUAUUGAGGAGCGCUUCUCAUGUCCUGAAGCUGGAGGGUGGAUGUUGUUGUCCAAGUUUCAAUAAAGAGGC